AUGGCUAACGUUAAAACCCACAGUGGUUCGAAUCGUCAAAAGAAAAGUUCUUUGGAAGAUCCCAUGGAGCGCGGUUACCGCCAGAAGAUGAGGAUUAUUCGCGGCCUAACGGUUCGUCAGGCGAGUGCCAAGGAUCUAGACCUGUGUGCCAAGUGGAUGUACGUAUUCAGCCGGGCCACCAAGGAGGAGAGCAGUGCAAGGGACUACCUCUUGGAGCAGAUGUUGCGACAACUGCAGGAAUCGGGUCAACUGUCGCUUCCCUUCACCAACCUAGCAAACUGCAGCCUCGAGCUGCACAUGCUCCUCGACGAGGAGGGACGCCAACGGUUGCGCCACAUCACGCCGCCGCAAUUGGUUGCCCCAAAGCCUUCAAGCAGUAGCUUGAUGAGAAGGAGGCUCAAGUCGACUCCAUUCGAAUGGCGGAGAAGGAUGCUGCACUUGGAUCAUUUGGAAGAUCAGUAUUGGCGCGAGGAGCAGACCAUAUGGAGUCCCGAGCUUUCAACCGACGAAUCUCCUAAACCUCAACAUCUACCUAAAAUAUCUAAUCCCAGAAAUCGUGGCAAGACUAUCGGCAUUAAGAUGAAUGUUUCAGUACUCUCGCCCCGGGUCCAAAGAGAUCUCUGUGAGCGUGAGCGAAAACAGCACGAUAUCCUAAAGCGGCGGGAACGAGAUCGCGUCGACAAGGAGCUUAGGGACCGGGAACGGGAUCGGCAAAAGGCUCUUCUGGCCCAGAAGCACAAGAUGGACCGCCAGAAGCUGGAAAAGGAUCGUCAACUGCGCGAUAGACAGCUGCAGGAGCAGCAGAAGAAGGUCAAGGAGCGACGCGACUACGAACGCUAUUUGCUGUUAAAAAAACGAGAGAAGCAGAGUGAGCAGGAACAGCGUGCCUUGUCUCAGCGACGUCCUAUUACGCCUUCUUCUCAGGACGUUGAGAUGAUUCAGCAAGUUGGGCAGGAACUGAAGCAGAAUCUUGAACAGGAUACUAAGCGCAAGAUCAGGCACGUGUCUCAAAAAUCUAUGAACGUGCUAGGCGAGACCGAUGCUACCCAAAGUGAAAGGCGUGAGCAGCAGUUCCACCUACGUGCGGAAAACAUAAAACGGAAAGUUUUGGCCUAUGAGCAGCUUAAGGAGUACCAUCGGAGGCGUGCGCGGGCCGAGCGGGAACGACAGCUUAGGAAGCGGGCCGAGCUUGAAGUGAGGAUUGCACGCUCUGAGAUCCACGUAAUUGGGGAAAAUAACCAAAAGGCGAUGUAUGAAGAAGCCAGAAAAAAGAAGAUAGUGGGACAGAGCAAAGAAAAAUAUGAAAACCAUCUAGAAACUGAUGGACCUGGAAACUUUGAAAGGAAGAGUGAACUGGAACUGAAAAGCCGUGAACAAAGUAAAAAGUGUGAAAGAACAAGAGGGAGAAAAAGACUAGAAACAGAUCAAAACGAUGUUAAAUGCUUUUUGUCAGGCAAAGAAAAAGAAGAAAUUGAUUUAAAAGAUGAUAUCGAAAGAAAAAGGAAAAGCGAGUCUAAAGUAAUCAAGGAACGACAAGAAAGAAACUAUUUAAAAUUAGAAAAAGAUCGAAAACAUAGAGACGAAAUAGAAAAAAAGCAAGAACAUGAGCUUAAAAGUUUAAAGGAACGCCAGGAAAGAGAAGAGUUUGAAAGAAAAGUUUUAGAAAAACUAGAAACCGAGAAGAAAGAGCGAGAAGACUUCGAAAAAAAGAGGCAGGAGGAACUCAAAAAUCUGAAGGAACGCCAGGAAAGAGAAGAGUUUGAACGAAAGGAAUUGGAAAAAAGAUUGGACGCUGAUAAAAACGAAAAGGCCGACCUAGAAAGAAAGAGGGAACAGGAACUUAAAGAUACCCGGGAAAGGGAAGAGUUUGAACAGAAAGUAUUGCAAAAACUAGAAAACGAACGAAAAGAAAGAGAAGAGUUUGAAAGAAAGACGCGGGAAGAGCGCGAACUGGAAGAAAAAAAAAUAGAUGAACUCAAAAUUAAGCUUAACGAGGUACAGGAGCGAGAAAAUAAGCGAAAUGAGGAACGAAAAAAGCGAGAAUUUGAGAAAAAAGAGCAGGAAGAGUGCGAAAGGCUGGCAAAAGAAGAAGAACAUAUAAGGAAACAAAGAGUAUUGGAAAAGCUUAAACGCAAUAAAUGCGAAAGAGAAGAAAUGGAAAAACAGGAAAAAGCAGAAGAUCUUAAAAGGCAACAAAUAAUUCGAAGGUGGCUUCAAAUGGAAGACCAAGAAGAGAGGAAGGAAAGAGACCAUGAACGGCAGAAAAGAAUAAUUGAAGAAUGUAAAAAAAAAAUACAGGAUAGUGCUACACAGCAAAGAGAAAGAGAAGAAAAUUACCUAUUAAAAAGAGAGAAACUUAUAAAGGAUCGGCAGGAGAUGGAAAAGCUUGAGGAAGAGUGUUUGCGCAGAAUCGAAGAGGAAAAUCAGCUCGUAAAACGAUAUGAAGAAGAGCAUUUACAACGGCAUAGACGGGAUGGAGAGCAAAAGGAUAGGACUCAAAGACACCAGCAGGUAAGACAGGCAAUGGAAAGAGAACAUCAGAUAGAACGUGAGACAAGAGAGGUGGCAAAAAAAAUGCGAAAACAUCUAGAAAUGCGACUGGAGCUUCACCAGAAAAAUGAGGUGCAGCAAAAUAAAUAUGAGGAAAUUGGGGUCCGAAAGUCUGAAAGUCUAGAAAAGUUUGCGAAGUCAGAGGACCAGAAAACCAUUGCAAUUAGGCGGUCAUCCAAAGUUGAGGCACAGAAUGCGCUUGUGGAGAAGCCUCCGGGAGAUAUGGCACAGGGUUCAACAAGCAAAGACGGGCGAGAAGAAGUUUGUGACCAGCCAAAAGCAGAUUUAUAUCAGAGUGUUGGAGUCAGGUUAAAUAAACUGCAAGAGAGUAAUAGCAAGAUUAGUGAGCAAGUUCAGGAGCAACGUCAAGUGCUCCAGGAAUUGCGUUUGGAAGCAGGGGAGCAGAAUCCCUUAAACAAACGAAUAUCCCAGAGAAAGUCCAUAAUGACGUUCAAGAAAAAUAAUGGAACAACUACUGAGGAUAAUGCCCAGCAUCCCACAACCCAAAAUCCCAUGCUUACUUCUAGUCACGAGUACUUUCAGCCAGGUUCUUUGAAGUCAUGCGGCGAACGUUGGUCUCGCUUCAUUGGUAGUGAAGAUGAUUCCGAAGCAGAGGAUUCUCCAAUUCAGAGGAACAACUGCUGUGUCUCCUCUAGCAGCGAAAACAACUCUUGUCCAGAACCCUGUUACUCCCUGGUGGGUAGCUACUGUCCUGUCCAAAACACUUACACAGUGGUCCAACAGAGUGUUUCCCCAUCCCCAUAUGGAAACACAGAGCAACAGAAGGCUUAUGGCUCCUAUGUUCGAAAUAGGGUGGCCGAGUGGCGUAAAAAGCUUCGAUCAAGUUCUUAUUUCACUGAAAACAAAGAGCCUGAGCAGCGAGAAAGAGCUGGACGAGAAGCUGGUGAUUUUGGCUUGACUUACAGCAUACUAACUGGAAAGAAGCGUUAUCCACAGAUCAAAACAACUGAGAUUAGCCCAGAUAAAAUGAGGCUAACAGAGGACCAUACUCAGCAAAGGCGAGUGCUUGGGCAACUUUUGGGAAAAUCUCGGACUUUCGAUUACCAUCCAGACAUAUUGGCGGCCGAAAACUGCCUUUUAAAGAAGAAACUGUCAGAGGCACGGGUUAAAGCUAAAAACAAAUAUGUCCAGGAAGCAAUUUGGCAAACAGCUAGGAAUCUAAUCAGUGUUUUCCAGAAUAAAGAAGCUUACACCAGUUCCGAGGACGAGGGUGAAACUCUUGAGAAUGAAAAACUGGAACAGAUCUAUCUGCAGGAGACCAAGAACAAGAUGAAUCUGCCCAGGCCAGUCUUUAAAAUGCUAAUGGAAGCCCUGUUUCGCUCAAAUGUAGACAUUCCGCCUAAUCUCAUGGAGAAAAUUUCUGUUUUGGAUAUCGAGCUUGAGAUGCAUGUCAAGAAGAUUUGUAAUCGGAUCUUCGCCCGAAAAGGAGAGAAGCUUUUGUGGCGAAAAGCGGAUCAGUUGAUGGACCAACAGCGGCAUUGGCAGAGCUGCCGCACGGCUGAAAUGUACAGAGAUUCCGACAAGACUCUGCGACAGUGGAGCCGCCUGACCAAAAACUCUAUGCUCCGGAUUACGGAUCUCUUUCAUGAUUUUUGUGAUAUGAACGACCCACUGUCAUGUUUAACCCUCCAAACCGUCAAGCGGCUAUAUACCGAAUGGCAGACACAGAGGUUCUCCUUCGAUUAA